UUCCCAUUGUGGCAAAUGAAGAGAGAGCAGGGAGAAGCAGAAGGCAGAGCAGCAGGAAGUGGAUUUCCACACACUGAAAAUACUGCUUUCCACUGAAUAUUCAGUUCCAAAAACAUGUAAUCAAGAUGAAGAUGUAUAUGACUUUCCUCUGCUUGAGCUGUGGAUGGAUGCAAACAACUUGUGCUGCUAGUGUGACUCUGUCACCAUCCUCUGCACCAGUGACACCCACUCAAGAUGAGAGCUCCAAACUUGUGGAUUGGCUGAUGAAGUAUGGUUACCUCCCACCCUCAGACCCUUCCACCGGUCAGCUGCAGGCUUGGACAGGUGUCACCAGUGCUGUGAGGGCCAUGCAAAGGUUUGCAGGCCUAAAAGACAGCGGAGUUGUAGAUGAGGAGACAAUGGCGGUGAUGAACACGCCACGCUGCUCACUACCGGACCAGGAGGAAUCAUCCAACCAAGAGAAAAUAAAUAUGAGGAGGCGGAGAAGAUGGGCUGUCUCCAUGUGGACGCGCAGGAACAUCAACUGGAGGUUGCAAUCAUAUCCCUCCUCUUCUCAUCUGUCUCGGGAAACAAUUCGCUCACUUAUCUUCUACGCUUUAAGAGUGUGGGCCGAGCCAACGCCACUGGAGUUCCAUGAGGUGGGCAGUCCGGAUGCAGCUGACCUGCGGGUAGACUUCUUCCAUGGUUACCAUGGUGAUGACUACCCCUUUGAUGGGGCAGGUGGAGCAGUAGGCCACGCUUUCUUCCCCUCAGACCCAGCCCGGGCAGGAGUAGUUCAUUUGGAUGCGGAGGAAGAGUGGGCAUUCAGACAGCCAGUCUCUGAGGGUACCGACCUGUUCACAGUGCUGGUUCAUGAGUUUGGCCACGCACUGGGCCUUCCUCAUUCCUCAUCCCGUCACUCAGUCAUGAGGCCAUACUACCUGGGUCCUGUCGGAGACCCUCUCCACUACCGCCUGGGACCCCAAGACCUGGAGCACAUCACUCAGCUCUAUGGCCAAAUGAACAAGCUGCUGUCUACGGAGGCUCCUCGUAUCACCACAGAGUUGCACCACAGAGGCCAUCAUCAUCAUCGUCGUCAGCAUCAUCAUAGGCAUGGCCCCUCCAUAGAUCACUGUAACACCAGUUUUGAUGCUGUGGCAAAGAUUCGAGGAGAAACUUUCUUCUUCAAAGGUCCGAUGAUGUGGAGGGUCAAUGGCGGAGGCUUGGUGUCGGGGCGCGGUUCUUCAGUGAGGAGGUUGUGGAGGGGUCUACCCCCUGACCUGCUUCAUCUUCAAGCUGUGCUGGAGAGGCGCUCGGAUCAUGCGAUCAUCUUUAUCAGUGGUCACCAGUUCUGGCUCUUCAAGGACCUGUCUCUGCAAGAAGGUUACCCUCAGCCCCUGUCUGCUCUCAGGACGGGCGUCAGCUUAGAUUUAGCAGACACUGAUAACGACGAUGAUGACGAGCAGGCAGCAGGAGCAUUAGAGAGAUGGGGCCUGGUCUGGGACCCGGAGGAGGGGGCUGUGUGGGGAAAAAUUGGAGAUGCCAAACAAGAGAAUCAAGGAGACACCUGGACACAACUGCUCAAAGAGGGUGUGAAUGGAAUCACUACAGACACUAAUGGCUCUGUCUAUCUCUUUAAAGGAGAGUCCUACUGGAAGUUCAUGUUUCCAGGUUCAUCACUGCAUGAUGGAUACCCACGAUCCUCUGCUGCAGACUGGCUGGGCUGCACUGACUCAUCCUCACCUGGGAUGCAGGACCUCUCCUUUUCACUGUCAUCACCUGGAGGAAGAGAGGAGCUCAGGGAGAGUUGGAGAUAUCGGGGAGAGGAGGAAGAACUGAUAAAAAGAAAGCGGGUCAGAGACGGAACUAAACACAAAGAGGUGCUGGACAGAGGUUCACACAUCUGGACAAAAUGCACAUGCCGAAACGGAGCCCUGGGGGGCAGGACAACAUUUUUGAUAGCUGCCUUGCUGCAGGUUACAUGGGCACUGUUAGCUGUUUAAAGGUGCACAAUGAAAGAAAAAACUGAGGUUUUAUUAGACUAAACAGAGUGUGUGUACAACCUUUCCACAAGCACUCGCAUCCUCGCCCUGUACUCCUGUCUGAGUGUGAGAUUAGAAAUGUGCUGCUGGUUUCAGGUAGCAGCGGUGCUAAUUACGAGUGCUAUUUUAAUUAGGAGGCAUAUUUAUUUACCUGUCCACCAGUCAUCCGGUCAUAUUGUGAGUUAUGACCAGAAAACUGGUUCCAUCUGUGAAGGACUGAAGUUGCCAAAAUCAAUUAUUAACAAA